AUUGCCGAAAGUACUAUGGCUCCUGGAGAACUAAGGAUUCCCGGCGAAGCCGAAGAGGGUAUCCUGAUCGGGGAUAAACGGUAUUCCGGAGUGAUUCUCACGCUGGAUAACUGUCUCCUGCCUCCGGAGCGGCUGGAGCGAAGUCCCUCGGCGGAGCAGGGACUUCCGCCAGACACGGAGGAGCAGCUGCGGCAGCAGGGCUGCGAGCUGAUACAGGCCGCGGGGAUACUGCUGAGACUGCCACAGGUUGCCAUGGCGACCGGGCAGAUUCUCUUCCAGAGGUUUUUCUACUGCAAGUCCUUCAUCAGACACUGCGUGGAGACGGUGACGAUGGCCUGUGUCCAUCUGGCCUCCAAAAUAGAGGAGGAGCCACGGAGGAUCCGGGACGUCCUCAAUGUGUUCCACCGCCUGAAGCACGGCCAGGAGAGCAAGACGUUUACGCCCCUCCCCCUGGACGCCAACUACAUCAACAUGAAGAGUCAGGUGAUCAAGGCGGAGAGGAGGGUGCUGAAGGAGCUGGGCUUCUGCGUGCACGUCAAACACCCGCACAAGAUCAUCGUGAUGUACCUCCAAGUGCUGGAGUGUGAGAAGAAUACUAAGCUGGUGCAGAUGGCAUGGAACUACAUGAACGACAGUCUCCGAACAGAUGUUUUCCUUAGGUUUAGUGCCGAGACGGUGGCCUGUGCCUGUAUCUACUUGUCUGCCCGAUCCCUGCAGAUCCCGCUGCCCGACCAGCCCCCCUGGUUCCUGCUGUUCGGGGCCACGGAGGAGGACCUGAGGGAGAUCUGCCGGCGUAUCCUGCGGCUCUACACCCUGCCCAAGGUGUCCCUCUCCAGCCUGCAGCAGUUUGUGGCUGAGUGCCGGCAGGCGCUGGACACCGCCCGCGGGAAGAUGGGGCUGGGGGUGGGGCUCAUACCUGUAAACGGCACCCCCACCCUGGAUCCACCAACCAGCUUCUCCCCUACGUCCAAGGCUGGGUCUCCCACAGGUGUCCAGGUCAACCGGGAGUUGCCCAUCUCCCAGGUGGCCCUGAAACAAGCCUGCCGAAAGCUCACCAAUGGGGAUGGGAAAACCAGGCUGAGUCGCAGCGAUGAAAGAAGGGAGCCUCGCCCCGAAUCGCCACCUCAAAGUCCCAAGCGCAGACGCAGCCGGAGUGUCUCCUCUCCCGCCCGCUCCCUCUCCCCCGUCCACCGCAGAAAGCAGCCGGCGGACCGCGACCGAGGAGACCGGGAGAGGGAGAGGGACAGAGAGAGGGAGCGACGAAAGGAGAGGGACCGAGAAAGAGAGCGAGAGCGGGAGCGGGAAAGAGCAAGGAAAGACAGAUACGCGGCGCACAGGAGAUGAUGACGACGGUGGAGGCGUCUGUGGUAGUGACGAUGGUGGAAGAGGGAGCACCAAAAUGACUGCUGGAAAAUAUUAUGGACCAAACUCCUAAAAGUGAGCCAUGCAUUGCAGAUUGUUUAUAUCCUCAUUUUAUUUUAUUUCCACUCUUUCAUUGUUGGAAUUUUUGUUAGUCUGUCCCGUAUGUCGGAUGAGUUGCUCAAAGCAGGCAUCUGACAGUGUGCUGCUGGUUAUCAGUGAUGGACCUACACUUUAUAAAGACACAAACCUUUUAUAAAUCCACAGAAAUACGCAUCAUAUCGAAACCUUGAACCCCUGGCCAGCUGGGUAUUACAGCCGCGAGCAGCUGCUCCAGGUUAUGUGUAGUUGUGGACAUUGCAGCAUCACAAAUGAACAGCACAUAGUGCACCAACCUGACGUUUGUUGAUGUUUUGUCUGCUGUAUCUUGUGAAUAUGGGUAGCGAAGUUCAUGAAGGCAGCCCCCCCUGCGGGCUCAUGGGGCAGUAGUGAGAUUAAUUGGUGUGAGGGGCACAAUUACAGUACGGGGGGUGGGAUUUAUUUUUUGGCGGGAAA